UCCAGAAGCAGCAACUCUAACCACUGCGCUACCAGCUGUCCCCGCAGCAAGUGGCCGCAGGUUAGAAACCGAAAUUAAAAACAGCGGUUCUUCAAAAAUUUGUAACUCAGCUCCUCGUAACCCGAGGAGCCAGUUUGUACAGAAAAUAUUUUAAUUGUAUCAGUACGUGUCCAUCCAUUUUAGCGCAGCCUCCAUAGCGCCGCCCUGCAGGCUGUGUCACCCAACAACACGUGUCCUUCACUUCCCCCCAUCCCGGUAGUACAGUGAGAAGAGUUGUGUGAACCGGGGCCUCGGGGAGUUACCCACCAUAACCCGCUUAUUGAGUGACGGCGAGACGAUAAUUACCACGCUUUACAUGGAGCAGCUUGUGCUCGGAAGAUAAUGAGGCCGAAAUAAAAAUAAGCGUUAACACGCAUGUACGUCAUCAGGACUGUGGCUAAAUGCAUGGUUUUAAGCGACUCGAAGGUAAAUAAACGAAGGCUGUGAUUUCUCCCAGGGAGGCAACACAAGAAAACAUUUGCCCGUUUUCAGCACCUGUCUUUUGCUUUGUCAUUCGUUUGUCGACGAGGAAAACAGCGGAACCUGUUCCCGGCGACAUGGCUGCCGAGGGCUCCUGCCCCACGUUCGGCACAUCGAUCCCAGCAACGGGGCGGUGGCUCUAGAUCUGAGAAGCUCUCGGCGGCGCCUCAUCAUGGCAGCGCAGCGAAAGGGCCGACGGCUCCGGGGCGAUGAUGCUCCUCCUCGUAAGCUCGCGCGAGGUCGCCGGCAGUGUGCGAGCGGAGGACAGGGCCACUGCAGCCAAGUCCAUGCGUCCGUGUCGGGCUCGUUCAGGUGAGCGGCGAGAGCCUGAUGGAGAAAAAUGUAAAUGUGCCGAGCGGAGAUCCGUGGCUCCGGCUCAUUAGCGGCGCUCGGCGAUGCAAACGAGGGAAGCGUUCCUGCGCGCUUCCGUCACUCCGAGGUGACACCCGAGCAUCCGAUCGCCGAGGAACAAGAAGGGCGGCAGCUGCCGAUGGUGCCGGAGCCCAGCGGUUAGGCCGUGCUCGACACACGUGGCCCCUCCCCUCCCCCACCAAGUCCCGAUUGUGUCGAGCACCUGCGUUUCCUAAUAAAUUAUGUAUUCUGAUGUUUGCAAGUAAAGAGCCGUUUCGUGACCUUUUGUUCCAUCUCGUCAGGCUGAACGGCGACUCGGGCGACUCGGGACAUUCAGACAGAGCUCUCAUCAUGAAAGCGAAAGGCAGGGAAACACGAGGGCCUCGUACUGUGCCGCCGAGCCGUGUGACAGCUGCUCCGUCACCAUGUCGCGCUCUGACAGCUACCCCUGCGGCGCAAGCGCCGUUUUCGUUUUUGCCGUUGACCUUUAACCUGUACCUGCAUGUUCCAGCUGCUCCCGAAGUUCAGCCGCUCUACAGGCGAUCCGCGGCGGAGGGGUUCAGCCGCCCCCGACACUCCGGCCUGGUCCGUACCGGGGCGCCGUCCGGACGAUGCUCCGUCCCCUUCCUGCACGGAUGCCGGAUCGAGCGCCGCGGUCCCACCCGGCCGAGGAACGGCAGAUGGAAACGCACAAACAAGGAACAGAUGCUCAUUGCAACCUGUGCUUGUUCCCCGUCUCCGUCCCCAGGUGAGUGUCUUUGUGACCGUGAGCUACGCCACGACGCACUCCACCUGCUGCCGAGGACCACAAAACGGAGAUACUGGCGCCCGCAUCCGAGGCGACCGCGGCAAGGACGGCGCUCGGCGCACAGAUGGGGGUUCACGGCUCCGGCGGAUGGGCGUUCGAAACCCUGACAGCCCUGGACGGCUCGUGGACACCCGCACCCUCCCCGUCCGCCUCCUGCCUUUGCAGACCUCUGACGUCCACCUGAGUGCCGGGAGCAGAGCGGGAAAGGCCCGUUGGCCACAGCCUCCCAAGUGACGCAGGUCGACUCAAGCGGUACAGAUGGCUGCCCGCACCCGCGUGUCUGCGAGUUUUCCACUAACCACGAAUCCCGAUGCGUCGGCCGCCCGCCAGCCCUCCUGUUCCCGGGGAACGGAUGGAGUUUGGGAUUAACUGCUGCUGUAGCACCAGCUGCCGUCUCCAAAUCCAGCUUUCGGAUUUAACACCCCGCCAAGCAUCGUGGCAGAGAUGGCCCGGGCACACCUCCUCGACAGCAGGGGGAUGACAGCGAGGGACGCGGGAGGGUCAAUGAGCGGCGAUGUUUUCCUUAAGUACUCACCUACACAGUCAGCAGGUGCCACUCGACAGAGAAAAUGAGCCUUUUUACCUGCAGCUUUCACAAGGAGUUCCUGAAGGCUGCGCUCUGAACAUCUCUCACAACUGGUCUCCAUUCAUCUUUCUACAUAAGGCAGAGAGACAAGUAGGUCGUUGCAAGAAAGACAGAAUAUGUAGAUCGGGGAAUUGCGCAUGAAUGCACACAUCUUGAGCAUUUCCCUCUGACUCGUGACCCCGCAGCAAAGGUGUCGAAAGACUUCUUGAUGUGUACAUAGGAAAGGGAUCUCAGGGGGCUUCUGUCUCGACAGACACAUGGACACACGCAGAGGAAACACACAGGACGACAUUUUCUUGCCUGACUGCCUGACUACCUGACUAUGGCAGGUACCAGCUGCUUCUUGUAUAACGCUACGAGUGCGAAGAUGAGAGGCAGCUGGUUUCAUGACCCAGAGUAGGUUGCCCGGGAGUGGAAGGAAAGCCUUAGUUCCUACUUGAUACGGCUGGGAGUCCACGAUGCCCUCUCCCCUGCGUUGCGGUAAGCCAUGUGGCCAUCCCAGGUCUACAGUCAAGCACAACGUCUAAUAAUGCUCGGGGUAAAUAAUAACGCACGUCCUUCUUCGUGGUCCCUUUCGCCUGGACUUUGGAGGACCUCUAGUCAAAAGGGUCACGUCUGUACGUGAGCAUCUGCUGAAUCGCCGCACAAGAAGAGGGCUGAGGGCCCACAGGACAAGAGCACCGAAGCCGCUUCCUUCCCCUCACACUCUUGAAUUCUUUCUUACCUCUCCACUUGCCACCAGUGGACGGACAAAUGGGGGCGGUACAGUUAGGAGAGUCAGUCCCGUUUUUCGACGCCCCUCACAGGAGUCUCUCAUUUACAGCUUUGCGGGACACGCAAGAUGAUGACUGACUUCUCCUCCCGAUUCCCUCACACAGGUCUGCUGUUUCUUUCCAUGACUCAUCCACAGAACGUCAGCGUGUUUUCCGCUGGGGCUCGCCACCGGGUUUGGAUCCAUUCGGCUGCUCCCAGACCGCUGUAACCCUUUGCAUUGCCCUUUCCUUCCCCCUCCUGUUGGAUUCCCUGUCGGAUUUGGCAGCCCGCAGGGAUACCUGUCUAGCAAGGCGUCCAGGUGGAAGCGCUGUGAUCCUGAUGAAUGUGCCUGGAAUAGUAAACAACAGAUGGUACCGUGUGGUCCCCGAGCUAAGUGGACCUGCGUUCUGUACAGUACGGCUCUGGGCAGCUCCUCGUGUCCCUGGCGGCCCCCAGUAGUCGAGCAGCAGGCUUUCGCUUGCUUAAUUAGAGCAGCAGCACGGCGGCGUCUCAGAGCUGGGCCUCUGGUGCCAGGCCAUGACCGUAGAGCGCCGAGACCCAAGCGUCCCAAGCCCACCGUCUUCGGAAAGCACUUUUUAAAAAAAGGGCCAGAAGGCUUUCCGGCCCUUUAACAACUCAAGUUAUUUCAUGUCGGCUUAACCUGAAGUAAUUACACGGCUGCAGGGAAAACAAAGUGGCUAAACCCUAAACGGGAACAAUGAAGUAAAAAAAUGGAAAAUAAAUACAAACUCGGCCGAAUAAUAUCCCGACAGGAAAACAAAAAGGCUGACACAAGAAAGCCCUGGUGAGAACAGACCGUGAGCGGGGCCACAGCUCACAGGCAUAAGCGGCUUGGGCUUUAUGUGGGAAGGCCAGCGACAUUGUCACCAAGCAAAUGAGAAAUCUCCGCGCGGCUUUGGCAGCACGGAUUAGCCUCGUCCCGGAGGAGCAGCCUCCGCUGACCAAAAUCCUUCCGUAGAGCCAAGGAGGGAGCAAGGUCCAAGCCUUGAUGUCGGGGUGGCCGUGGGUUUGCAGUCGGAACACGCUGUGGGGGGGCUCCGCUCAGGUCAAGGGACCCGCAAUGCAUCCUGGGAGGGAAAGCUGAUGAGCUCAGGGAAGCUCAGGGAAGCUCAGGGAAGCACUGGAAUCACUGCACUGCUACUAAAGGAAAGUGACUUGACACACUAAUACUGGUGCCAGCCGAGCUGUCGUUGCACCAUUUGGCUCUCUGGUAAAAACCUGUUAAAAACGGUAAAUUGUAUAAAAAUGUUGAAAACUGAAGAUCGUGAAAGUAAAGAAUAAUUACGAAAAA